CAGCAUCCGUUCCAUCUUGAGGAGUAAUGCUGCCGGAUUGGCCCUGCCACGAAUUGUCCGUCGCCAGAGGGAAGUAUGCGGAGGUUUGCGACAUGAUAAUAUGCCCUUGAUUGGUUUGGCGGCUAUGUUUGUAGGCGUCUGUAUGUCAUGCGAAAUUCGAGAUGGUCGUAUGAGAAGUCUAAAUAUCGUACGAGAUAUCUUCAAAUAGCAGGUAGCGAAAGCAGAGUAAAAAUAAAACUACAAGAUGCAAAGCUCAGACGUCCAGACCGGAGAUGGGUCAAGACCAAGAUGUACUGUGCCGCAGCCCAGCAUUUAUUAUUGCCGCCUUCGUGUUUCUCGCCUCACUCCUCAUCCACUCUACCCAGCUAUUUCCGCGACAAGUUCCUGCAUGUCAGUGCCGGCAGCGAUCCAUGUAGUAUCAGUUACCGCCCUCCAACGCUCAUCCGCCCCAUUUUGCGCAGCUCUUGGCUAGGCUUCUGGUGGCUCCUGUGCCUGGACAUGAUAGAACGCUGGCGGUGCGCCGCCAUGAUUGGCCUCGUCUCCCCAAACAAGCGCCGACGCCAACGGCUCGUGCAGGGGUUGUGGCCAAUGAGGUGUACAGGAUUCAACCCUGCUGUCUUGGACACCACUUGAGCGCACCAACGAGCGAGAGCCAUCACUGCGCGCCCAC